ACCCCAUGACGGCAUGACCUUUGGCCCCUUCGGUCCAUGGAGUACAAGAACCACAAGGCAGCCAAAGCAGGGGCGUUUACACCACCACCUAGGACUAGGACAGCAAGAAACAGGGCAGGGCAGGGCCUAUGGCGCUGUAGCUCAGGGGGGCAGCGAGCAAUGGCGGGGGGAUGCGGCGGCGAAGGCACUCUGGCCAGGUGGCGGCGGGCGGCGGCCAAGCGGAUCGGCCUCUCCUGCGCCUCCUUCUUCUCCUCCCAUGCCGCCUCUCCCUCCCCGCCGCCUCCCAAGACCAUCUCAUGUUCAGCAGUGAAUGCGCCCGCAGACAGCAGUGAUGGAGAACAGGAAAAGCUGGAGGAGCCGACCAGCACUAGAAUGGCUGACAAGAACUUCUGUGCAAUAUGUUUGGAGACCCUCAGCACCAGCAGCAGUGGCAUUGACAACUGUGACAGGCCAGCGAUAUUCACAGCCCAGUGUUCCCACUCUUUCCACUUCUUGUGCAUUGCCUCCAACAUCAGACAUGGCAAUGUUACAUGCCCCAUCUGCCGUGCGCAGUGGUCUCAGCUGCCACGUGACCUGAAGGUGCCGCCAUUGCUGCACAACCAGUCAGAUCCAAUCCUUCGCAUCCUUGAUGACAACAUUGCGACAUCCCGCGUCAACCGAAGGUCCUCCAUCCGUGCUACCCGCUACAACGAUGAUGACCCUGUUGAGCCAUACACUCUGACUGAGCAUGUUGAUCCAUGCCUGCGAUUCGCCCUUAUCCCGUCUCCGGUGGCAGCUCACCAUCAUGCCCUCGGACACUACCCUUGUGGACGCAUGAUGCCACCACAGCAGCACUGCCAGUACAGCUACAGCGGCUCCUCCAUGGUUUCGCCGCCACAGAUUGCUUCACCAAGUGUGCAAAGGCGUGCUUACCUCUCAGUCAGCCUAGCUCCACAGCCAGCCAUGGACUUGGUCUUGGUUGCCAGCCCUAAUGGGCCACACCUGAGGCUCUUGAAGCAGGCAGUGGCACUGGUUGUCUUCUCUAUGCGCGCAAUUGACCGGUUAGCCAUUGUCACGAAUGCCACCACUGCAACUCGUGCCUUCCCCUUGCGCCGGAUGUCCUCCCAUGGUAAACGAAUGGCAUUGCAGGUCAUCGAACACCUCUGCUCUGUGGGUGGAAUUGAUCCGGUAGGAGCUUUGCAGAAGGGUCUGAAGAUACUAGAGGACCGGGCACACCAGAACCCAAGCAACUGCAUUCUUCACCUCUCUGAUCAUCCGAUACGCAGCUAUGCUGGGGUAGACAUGAACCGUGCGAGCAUCCCGGUUCACCAGUUCCAUGUCGGGCUCGGGUUCGGGGUGCAGAACAGCUUCGUGAUGCAUGAAUUCGAGGAGCUUCUUGCGCGGUUGCUCGGCGGUGUCAUAGGCGACACCCACCUGAGGAUAGGGGAGCAUGGUGGAGUGGUGAGGCUAGGGGAGCUGAGGGGUGGUGAGGAGAGGAGGAUCCCACUUGACCUUGUGGCAGACUGUGGCUUCAUACUGGUUGGUUACAGCUACCUGGAGGGCGGAAGAGAGGACCGUUCAAGGACGGGCGAGGUCGCUGUCGGGUUCGAGGAGAAGAGCGACAGCAGGUACUGCGGGGGCAGAGACAUGGGGACGAGCAUCGGCGGCGAGAGGAGGAGCAGCUGCUGCGCCGAGAGCUGGGAUCACCUUGACCCGUUCAUGGCGCGGCGAUGGGCGAAACAUUUCAACGUGUACAGAUCCUGAGAGUGAGUGAUUGAAGAGGUGGAGGAGCUUGAUGAUCGGCUGAACACAAAGUCUGGUUACCAGUUUGACCAAAAUGUGAUUCUUGUUGGUUCUUUCUUUGCAUUCUUGCAAGCAUUUCAGGGAAGUGUUUGUUAUUCUUUUCUUGGCUUUUGUUGUGGGUUCAGAGUCCAUCCAUGUUGUCCAAUAUGUGUGCAGAGGCUUUUCUUUCUGCCCUUGUCCGGUGUGUUUUGCUUUUGUGUGUAUGGAUCAAAUGAAAAGGCUCCAGGACGGAAGAUUAUGAAUGUGAAUGCCAUCAAGUGGUGUGCCAAGCAAUGCAAUGUAUCUUUGUUGUUGUA